AUGGCUAGCGAAAACAUUUCGGUAGUUUACACUGCUGUCUGCAAAGAACAUGAGAUAAAGAUAAAUCCACAUGUUCUACAAGUCCUAGAAAAGACUGUGGAAAAAGGGAGUGCCACCUUAAAGCUGUCAGGAAACAACCGUCUGAAACCUGUUCAGAGACUUGAUGAUAAAGAUGUUUUUGCUCUAUCAAAAUGUCUGAAAAACAACAGAAGUGUAACAGCACUUGAAUUACGGUACAACAACAUAACAGAUGGAGGCAUUCAUGACUUAGCAGACCUUUUACAGGAGGAAAGCUCAAGUCUGAAAUCUCUUGACCUCAUGUUCAAUGAUAUUCAGACAGAUGGAGCUGAAGUACUCGCCAAGAUCCUACAGGGUAACAGCACCUUGCUCUCUUUUUGCCUGUCAGGCAAUAAGAUUGGGAACAAAGGAGCAAUGUGCCUGGCCAGCAUGCUGCAGGUGAAUAAGACCCUGAAGGAGCUGGAGCUUGCUGAUUGUGACCUGGCCACCCAGAGUAUGAUAGCAUUUGCAAUUGUGUUAAAAAGGAACAAGAGUCUUUGUUCUCUUGAUAUCAGCCGACCUCUGCUCUUCAGCCACCAGGAGGAGUGGGCUGUGCAUUUCUCUGAGAUGUUGGCGGUGAACAGCAGCCUGGUGGAGCUCCACCUGGGGAAGAUAGGGUUAACAGACACAGGAAUGGAGAGGUUGACUGAAGGCAUGAAGCUCAACCACAGUCUGCGCUACCUGGAUCUACGCUGUAACCGUGUGACUCGUGACGGCAUACGUCAUCUAGCCAAAGUGCUGAAACAGAACCCGACUCUCGAGGUCAUAGAUCUGUCAUCAAAUCGGAUUGAAGAUGAAGGAGCUUCGUACCUGAGCGAAGCCAUCACUCAACGAGGCUGCAGCCUGAAAGAGCUGUCUGUCAUCAGUAACAACAUCAGGACGGAGGGUCUGCUGUCUCUGGCUCAGGCUAUUACACUAAACACGACUCUGAACCAUUUCUACAUCUGGGGAAACCACCUGGAUGAGCCCGUCUGCCAGGCCUUCAGAGAGCUCAUCUCUAGUGGUCGUCUGCACCAAGAUCAGACUGACGUCAGUGCAUACGAGGUGGAUGGUCGAGUGUUUCUUGCUGAGGUCAGUAACAGUUUGAAGAGACACUACGACAGGACUACCAGCUCUGAUACAGACACAUCAUCGACCCCCAACACCACAGCAGAUCCCUCAAUAGGAAACACCACCAGCCCUGAAUCCAUCAUUGCACCUCACAGAGGCUCAGCAACUUGUUCCUCUGCAGCAUUGUUAGACUCUCUUUAACUUCAAACCUCUGACAGCCUCUGAGAAAACUAGAUACUUGUGUAUUAUUCACAUAUAUGCCAGAAGAACAAAAUAAAACAAAAAAAUGAACCUUAACCU